AUGGCUGAAUCAAUAAGAAACAUGGAAACAAUUUACCAGAAGAAGAAUUUCACAUACGUUCCGCCUACGCCGCCGACUGAACUCAUUGAAUCUACAAAUUUCACGAUAAAUUUUACUGAACGUAAGUUUUUACACGUCGGUCUGAAUCCUGCAGAGAAAUUCGAUGUAUCCAUACUAAUAAUUACAUCCUCGCGUUUCGUUAAAAUAUCUGUGGACUUCUUAAGACGUAUUUUUUCGUUGAUGGGGCAAAUUUUAUCCUACAUUCUGGACACUGCUGUACAAAAUAGAAAAAAUAUUUUUUUGGAUACUGAAUCUAUCUCGGUCACUAGUAUGGUGUAUAAAGGAGAAACCGUUCUAGUUAUUGAAUCAAAAACACAAGUUGGAUGCAGAAUUUUACUUAACCAAACGGACCUUAUCACGAUUCAACAUUUAGAGUGGGCUAUUUUUGAAAACUCUACAAGAAAAAUAAAAAUUAUCCGACCCAUAGUAUUAGAUCAACUCGAAACACUGUCUACACAUUUUUUCUCUCAAUAUAAUGGUAAAACAUUAUCUAUGGACGAUAUGGUCACGAUUAUUGCUAGUAGCCGUGGUGAAGAUAUCCAGAAAACUGAAAAUUGUAUACUAAGCGAGUUAAGGCUAUUCGCAGCUCAACAGAUUGCUACCCGCUGGUAUGAAAAGCAAGAAGCUGAAGAAUUGAAGAAAUAUUCGCAAGUCUUUAACUUGAACAUGUUUGACCCAUCACCACCAAGAUACUCAGCCAUGUCCCCAAUGCUAUCGCACGAUGAAGACUUUUCACAAGCAUUGGCAGUAGACGAGGAUCGUGGUAUAGAUGAAUUUUUAACGCAAAUCAACCCUACACAGUCGACAUGGGCACCAACCAAGUCAUCG